AUAUGGGGCCGGCGCCCUACUCACUGAGCCACAGGCGCCGCCCCCCAUUUACUUUUAUUUGAAAACCACCAGGGACUAGGGGUUACACAGAGUCUUCCUUGUAAGGGGUGGGACCUGCUGGGUGUUUAGGGAUGGGGCCAGAAGUGUGAUGAAGUCAGAGAGGUGACCUGAAUGGACACCCAAAAACUGACAAGUGGCCCUUCCCCACCCCCAGUAAACAACUGGAACCACCUUCUGUGUUUCCUUGGCUGGAAUGGGGAGGAAAGGGGAACACCCUAAUCCGGGGACACCCUUCCUGCCACCUUGCCAUGCUAUAUUUAGGCUAAGGGAGGGAUUCGGGAUGAUCCCCCCAAGGCGGUGUCAAUUUUCUUUCUGAAAAUAGCUCAAGGGGAGGGGAGCUGAGUCUCAGAGAUGUGAUAGGGUGAGGGCCCCUAUUGCCCAUGUGACUGUCCCUGGACCCUCCCGUUCCCAUAUCAUGUCUCUCUUAGGAUCUCUCUCUGGGCCUCUGUCAUCCUCCUGGGGUCUCUCCCCUUCUCUUGGGGUGUCUACCCUCUGUCUUGGUCUCUGUCUUUUUUCCUCUGGGUUUCUGCCCUCUUCUUUCCUAGGUUUUUGUCCCCUCUUUCUCUCCGUCUAUCUCCCCUUUUCUGCGUUUCUGUGCCUUCUCCUGUCUCUCCCUUAUCUGUUACUAUUCAUUGUUUCUCUAAGCAAGUCAUUCUGUUCUUAAAACAUAUAUUUGUCUAUGUCUGAGUCCUAUGAUACCUCUAAUGUCUCUUAUCUGAGCUCAGGACAAGACCCUUUCCCUAGUCCCCACUCAGGAAAUUCCAGGGGAAAGCAUAAUGUGGGAGAGCCCCACACAUCCACUGUCUCCCCUGGGCCUCGGGGCCUUAUCACUGCUGCCCAAGCCCAGCUGGUUAAUGUCUGGCGUGGAGCUCCUGGGAAGUGGAGAUGAGAGCAGAGGGUGGGAAUCUGCCCCAGGAUUGACACGGAAUUGGCAAAUACCGCAAAAGAAUCUCAAAUUGAGACUCCUAAGACUGAGAAAGGAGGGCUCUGGAGGCUGCGAGCUCAGACUACAAGACUGGAAAGGAAGAAGUGCCUGGGGGCCCGGACCCCUGGUCCAAGGGAGUAGGGACCUGGGGGACCCGGACUCCUGGGUUUGAGAGAGGAGGGGGCUUGGGACCUGGACCCCUAGGUCUGAGAAGGAGGGCCUGGACUCCUGGGUUUGCGGUGGGGAGGGUCUGUGGGCCUGGACUCCUGGGUCUGGGGAGGAGGCACUGGGGCAUGGACUCCUGAUUCUGAGGCGGGCCGGGCUGAACAGGCCCGGCCGGGCUACGGAGGUCUCCGCACGCUUAGGCAAGGCGGGAUCCCCCGGCCCCUCCUCCGCCGUCGGGCGCCGCCCCGCCCCCGACCCGGGCCCUCCUGAGCGCGAACAGCGAGGAGCCGGCGGGCCAGCGGCGUCCAGCCACCGGGAGGAGAGCUGCCGCGGCGCUAAGGACAGCCGGGGGACCCGAGGAGGGCGCCCCAGGUGGUUGCCCCUCCCUCUCUUGAGAUGUCAGGAAGGAGAGAGCCACCUGUGUCCUCCACAAGGGUCCCCCAGAGCCUGGGGUCCCCCAGCCCGGGAGCUGGGAGGUGGAGGAGGUGCUGACAGGUUCUUCGAGAGAUGCUCUUCCUCCCCUCAUGCUCCCUCCCCAUCCUCCUCCUUUUCCUCCUCCCCAGUGUUCCAAUGGAAUCUCACCCCCCACCUUCACCACUGCCCCCUUUUCUAGCACCUGAGUGGGACCUCCUGUCCCCCCGAGUAGCCCUGUCCAGGGGUGCCCCUGCUGGGCCCCCUCUGCUCUUCCUGCUGGAGGCUGGGGCCUUUGGAGAGCCAGCAAGCGUCCCAGCCAACCGUAGUCGACGUGGGGUGAGCGAGACAGCACCAGCAAGUCGCCGGGGUGAACUGGCCGUGUGCGAUGCAGUCAGUGGCUGGGUGACAGAUCGGAGGACAGCUGUGGACUUGCGUGGGCGUGAGGUGGAGGUGCUGGGCGAGGUGCCUGCAGCUGGUGGCAGUCCCCUCCGCCAGUACUUCUUUGAGACCCGCUGCAAGGCUGAUGGCACUGGGGAAGAUGGCCCUGGUGGGGGUGGUGGGGGUUGCCGGGGUGUGGACCGAAGACACUGGGUAUCUGAGUGCAAGGCCAAGCAGUCCUACGUACGCGCAUUGACCACUGAUGCCCAGGGCCGUGUGGGCUGGCGAUGGAUUCGAAUUGACACUGCCUGCGUCUGUACACUCCUCAGCCGGACUGGCAGGGCUUGAAGCCCAUGUCCAGGAACUGGUCAGGAAGAGAAAGAACAGAGCUGGAUGCUGAGGGACCUCAUGGGUGGCAUGGCUGCUUGAAGGGCCUCAAUUUGGGAACUCAUCAAAUGAUCACAAAAAUCACAGCUUUCUGAUUUUGAGAGCUCAAUCUGUGCAAGAUGGGCAAUGAAACUAAAUGGAGUUUUGAAGGGUAAAUAGGAGUUUUCCUUGAGAAACUUGAGGGUAAUAACGAUGACGAUAAUGAUAAUGGCUAAUAUUUACUGAGUGUUUACUGUUUAUCAGCCCUAAAACAUAACUCCUCAGAUCAACUCUCAUGGA